UGAGGUAGCGGUGCAAUUAAUCCUGCGUUUAAAAGGUAUGUAGAUAGUUGCUCUGGUGACUGUGUUAUGUUAAAAUUUAUAUUUAUUCGAUAUCGAGGGGCUUCUCUUUCAGCGUGAAUACUAUUUAACAAAAAUUCAAACUUCUGAAGUUUGUCUGGCUAGGUUACCGCCAGAGUUUUUGAGAGUCUUUGUUGGGUGAGGAAGAACUUUUCUAAAACUAGUGUUAGCCUAGUAGAUUGGCUAGAUAAUAAUACAUUUUCAAAAAUCAAUUUUUGAUUUGUCAAUAUCUGUAGACAAUAGACACUUACAUACACGUACAUUUUCACUUUUAGAAUAAAAGUAAAUUAGUCAAAAUUUGUAGUAAAUUUUCCUAUGAUAAUUUCGCAAAAUUGUUAACUAUCUUUUUAGGCGCAUGGUGACCACUGAAUUUCAUAUUAUCAAGAGAUGAAGCCCCUUUCCGGGUUUUGGAAUUUAUCGGGUGGUUUUAGAAGAACCACCUCUGCUAAUUUGCAUAAAAGAUUUGGCGUGUGAAACAAAACUUUGGGCUUUAGUAGCAAACGGAUGAUGCGCUUUAGCACAGAACAUGAUGCGCUUUAAUAGCACAGAACAUGAUGCGCCUUAGCACUGAACAUGAUGCGCCUUAGCACAAAGCAUAGUCUUAGCCAUGGAGGACACGCGGCUUGCUGCGAAACGAUCUGCUAGUAAAAGAAGAAAGCAAGCAAAAAAGAAAGCGAAGAAUGAAGAAAAAAAAUUGAUACAGAUAAGAAAAGAAUCCCGGUGUAAAAUCCCGAGGCUAGAGGAGUCAGAGACAAAACGGGAGACACAAGAACCAGCACCCCUCUACCGCGCUGACCCACAAACGCCACAACGAAAGCAGAAUGUGGCACUAAAGAAACCGAAGAAGCAUCAAAUGCCACAAACGAGAGGCCAAAAAUUACUUGAAAUGUGUGGCGUUCAUAUACAACACCAACCACCAACCAACACCAACGCGCAAACUAGAGCUAAAGCAAGCACGGAGAAACAUCGAAGCUUACCCGAAGUUUCACGCACAGAGUUAACGGUGAUCAAAGAUGUGAAAAAAGAAAUUGGGGAGGGCAGCUACGGAAUUUGCCAGAUAAAACAAUAUCGGGGCAAUAUGCUUGUUGUUGUCAAGGAGUUUCGCCGGGCCGUGCAGAAAGAAGAGGCAGUGCAUGAAGCAACCGUGCUACAAGAGCUUCAAAAAGCCAAUCACCACCCAUCUCUUCCUCUUCUCAUUGGCGUCGCCUUGAAAGAAAGACCUUAUCUACUCGUGACACAGUUCCACGGCAGGGGAUACAAAAGCGUUACACUGUCAAGCGCAGUGAAGAAAGGCCUUUUUACAGAAGUAGGUAUGUGGCUUGCUGCCCUGAAGACGAUAGCGGAAACGCUGCUGUUUUGUCACCAGAAAGGGUUUCUACACAACGAUCUUAAGCAAAACAAUGUGGUUUUCCACUAUUCCGGGUCUUGGAAACCGGUUGUGAUUGACUGGGGGAAAGCAUCGCGGGUCGGCGAUGAAGUCAAAUUUUCUAAAGCAAGGCAGCAGAAAGACUAUCCUUGGAUAGCACCUGAGGUUUUAGAUACAUCACAGGCAAAAAGUAUGGCGAGUGAUGUGUACUUCUUCGGAUAUUUGGUGAAAUAUGUCAUUACUCGUGUUAAUGAUUUCAAUGCAGAUGGAAUAGGAGAAUUGUCCGGCAACUGUCUACGCAAUAAUGCAAAUUCCCGCCCUAGUUUAGAAAAGGUUGUAUCCAAGUUUACAAAAAACAAGGCCGUCUCAUAUGCUUGAUUAAAUAAUAAUUCCUUUUCCUAUCAUGACGUCUCGAAAUAGUUAAAAAAAAUGAUAAAACGUUCUUCAUGCAAAAAUGUUUUUUUUUACCGGAAUGUAGAUAUUAUGAAUCAAUCAAAGGAUAAUCCAUAAAGGCCAUAAUCUGGCAUCUCUGGGAUUUAAAUUUGUUCAAACGAAUGUUUACUACCCGUAAGCACUUUGCACUGACAAAAUAGGUGUACAGUGCUAUUAAAAAAACCCAUGAAACUCAUGGGACAAAUGAUACUUUAAAGCUACAAAACAUAUUGUAGAGCCAAAAUGAUGCCAGUCUUUCUCAUACCAAUGUAAUAUAGAAUACCAGAAUUAUCAAUAAAAAAUAGAUAAGAAAUA